UCUACAGCUAAAUAGGAAUAUAAAAUUAGUUUGUCUAUGGUAACAAUCAUCGAACUUCCUUUUCAUUGCAGAAGUCAACAUAUUCGAAGUCGGAAAGUUUCCUGUGGCAUUGUCAACGUUUUCUUAAAGUGAAACAAAAACGUUAAGAUGUCUGGAAAUUUAGAUAUUCUCGCCCUCAAAGAGGAUGAUGUUAAAAAGAUGCUUGCUGCUGGUACCCACAUCGGGGCCAACACCAUGAAUUUCCAAAUGGAACAGUAUGUCUUUAAAAGGCGUGCUGAUGGAUCUCAGAUCAUCAAUUUGAGAAAAAUUUGGGAGAAAAUUCUGUUGGCAGCCCGUGCUAUUGUUGCAAUUGAAAACCCUGCAGAUGUGUUCGUAAUUUCUUCUCGUCCAUAUGGCCAGAGGGCAGUCUUGAAGUUCGCCAACCACACUGGUGCCACACCACUUGCUGGAAGGUUUACUCCUGGUGCCUUCACCAAUCAGAUCCAAGCUGCUUUCCGUGAACCUCGUCUUUUGAUCGUCACGGAUCCAGCCCAUGAUCACCAGCCCAUUACUGAGGCUUCUUAUGUCAACAUCCCUGUCAUUGCCUUGUGCAACACUGACAGUCCUCUUAGGUUUGUCGAUAUCGCCAUUCCCGGAAACAACAAGACUGUGCACAGCAUUGGUCUUUUGUGGUGGCUGUUGGCACGUGAAGUACUCAGACUUAGGGGAACCAUCAAAAGAGACGUCGACUGGGAAGUUAAGGUUGACUUGUUCUUCUACAGAGAACCAGAAGAGACAGAGAAGGAUGAAGUUAAAGCACCAGCUGUUGCUAGGAACGGAGCUGUAGGAGGAAUCGCUGAAUAUUCUGCUGAACCAGUAGAAGCUAUCGAUUACGAAUACAAAGACACCACUGAACAGCCUCCUGUUACUCCCUCACCUGCCAUUGUUCCCCCUGUUGCAAGCUCAGACUGGGCUAGCCAAGCACAAGAGGAAUGGAGCGCUUCUGCUAGUCAACCAACCUCUAGCUGGGCCGCAGCUAGCAGCGAAUGGCAUUAAUUAAUGCCAUUCAUUCAAUUUCAAUUCAAUUUUUAAUAAAUGAUUGAUUAUUUUCUUCA